GCGGGGUGUUUGAUCUCAUUUUGGCCUAAUUCGGUCUUCUCCACAUCGAUGUUUGUAGAAUCAGAUUGUUGGUGGUAAACGAUUCUGUAGCUAUUUGUGUUGCCGUUUAGUUGCAAAGUGACAGUGCCGAUAUCAUUCUCAGAGCCAAAUUCGGCAUCGUUUAGCGAUUGGGACGCGAUCGAGGAUCCUCCUCUGAGAAUUGCUCCUAAAUAAGGCAAGGAAACAAUGAACAAAGCCAAGAGCACAGCUCGAGCAAGAAAUCUAAUAACCCUAGAUUCUCCUGCUGCUGCAGGGUGCUUGAUUACCAAAUACAUAUGAGGAACGUGGUCGUACUCCUGGGACUUCAAAGCAUGUACCAAGCCGAACUCCAUGAAUUGGUUGCUUGAAAUGAAAACUUGGAAACUAUAUGGAGAUUUUUUUUUUUUCUAAAUCGCUUGUUGCGCGGUUAAUUUGGAGCAAAAACAGAAUUAAAGAAAAUUGCAGAAAGAUAAGAGCAAACAGGCAGAGAGGGAAAGGGGAAGCUAAAGCAGGGGAAAAGGGAAUUUUAGCGAGUGCAAAAUCUGGCAGCGGUGUGAUUACCACCCACGAGAGCAACCCGGGAGCUUUGAAUUGUUGACCACAACAACAUCAACUGCCUCAUCCGAAGAACCUCCAUGGUUUUUCUUUGAUAGUCCCCAGAUCGAUGGGUGUGUGAUUCGUUCCAAAAAUUUCCAGUUUAUGCGUCCUAAUGACGACGCAUCGGCUGAAGAAACCACACAACCACCGAUCAGAGAAGUUCUUCUCGGUACGAUCCCUUUUCCCCUUGUUCGUUUCGGUUGGAUCUGUCGAGCAGUGUGGCAUAAAUGGAAGAAAUAGAGAGAUUACAGAAGAAUUAGUGAGAGGUUUAACGUUCUUGGCGGAAAAACAGUUUGGGUUUGGCGCAGGAAGUUGAGGGUUCAUGCCUAAUUUUGCUGUCUCUCUCAUUUGCAUGGAUCAAAAUUCAUCCAACCGAUCGGGUCGCUGACUGGUUCGUUAUUACACAGCGAUCAAGGUGUGUGUAAGCAUGUUUGAUGAACAGCAGUAGAGGUUGGAAACGUGCAAUUCAUGCAGGGAGGGUUCCAUCCAGAUGGGUCUCUCAAUGAUUUAUUCCUUGCAAAAGCCAUUUGCAAAUUCACCUCAAAUCCUUCUUACUGCAUCUCUGUGCUUCAAAAAUCCUCAGGCAAUGUCUAUGAAUCAGGUAGGUUUUCGAUGCGUCGGUCUUUGGCUAAAGCAACUACAUUCUUGAACUUGAUUGAGAAGCAUCUUCAAAACAGUUCCACUCUACCAAAAUCCGUCACUGGUGGUCUUAAAGAUUGCCAAUAUCUUGCCCAACUAAACAUUAAUUUCUUGUCGAACUCUUUUCGGGCUGUCAAUGGCACUGAUAAAAAGCUAACCUACUCAAAAGCUGAUUAUAUCCAGAGUCUUCUGAGUGCUAUCUUAACCAACAUUGAUACUUGUCUUGAUGGCCUAAAUACCGUAGCCUCAGGUUCUAGUUUGGAGAAAGAUCUCUUAGCACCACUCAUUGAUUGUACCAAAUCAUACAGUCUUUCUCUAGAUCUUUUUACAAAGGGCUGGGUGCCUAGGAAUAGAAACAGAACACGUGAUCAUCCUGUGACAAAACACCUCCGGUUUAGGAAAGGUCCGUUGCCAUUGAGAAUGUCAAAACAUGACCGUGCUGUUUAUAAUUCGGUGGCGAAUCGAAGAAGGCUUUCAUCUUCUUCAGAUGAUGGAAUUUUGGUUAAUGGUAUUGUAGUUGUGAGUCAAGAUGGUACAGGAAACUUCCUCACCAUCACAGAAGCUGUUAAUGCAGCUCCAAACAACUCUCUUGCUGUCAAUGGCUACUUCUUGAUUUACAUCGCAGCUGGUGUUUACCAAGAGUAUGUGUCGAUCCCUUCAAAGAAGAAGUACUUGCUCAUGAUUGGAGAUGGUAUAAAUCAGACCAUCAUUACGGGCAACCAAAGCGUCGCUGACGGCUGGACUACCUUCAACAGUGCAACUUUUGCUGUGGCGGCAGAAGGAUUCAUGGCAGUUAACAUAACCUUCCAAAACACAGCUGGAGCAAUCAAAGGCCAAGCAGUUGCAAUGAGAAGCGGGGCCGAUAUGUCCAUCUUCUACAGCUGCAGCUUUGAGGGUUACCAGGACACCUUAUACACUCACUCCCUAAGACAAUUCUUCAGAGAAUGUGACAUUUAUGGCACAGUGGACUUCAUAUUUGGAAAUGCAGCUGUUGUGUUCCAAAACUGCAACAUAUAUCCCCGUCUACCACGUUCUGGACAGACCAACAUGAUCACUGCUCAAGGUCGAUCGGACCCGAACCAAAACACCGGUACUUCGAUCCACAACUGCACAAUCCGAGCCACGAGCGAUUUAGCUGCAAGCAAGAGUUACAUGAACAAGACAUAUUUGGGAAGGCCAUGGAAGCAAUAUUCAAGAACAGUUUAUAUGCAGACAUUCAUUGAUGGGUUCGUAAAUCCUGCUGGUUGGGAUCCAUGGUCAGGGGAAUACUUGAGCACAUUGUAUUAUGCAGAGUAUAAUAAUACAGGAGCUGGAUCAAAUACAAAGAACAGAGUCACCUGGCCUGGUUACCAUGUCAUUUCUAAUGCUACUGAUGCUUCUAAUUUUACAGUUUCAAACUUCCUGGUUGGGGAUGCGUGGCUGCCUCCAACUGGUGUGCCCUACACUGGAGGCUUCAUAUAACCGGUCAGCUCUCCAUAUAAUUCUUGCUAAUAUUCAACAUGCCUAAUAAAGUUGUUUGUGCUCUGUUUUGAACUAAUGAUAGUUCUUACACUAGCAAGUUAAUUGUAUGAUUAAGGCCAAAUGAAUAUUUAGUCUUUUUUUUAUGUCUUAAUUUGGUCUCGGUCGUUAAUUUUAGUUUAA